GUAGUCAUCAUCUUUGAGAAUGAAUAUUGGAUUCAUUUACAUACCGAUGGCAAACACAACCUUUAUUCAAAAGUCUACUUGCUUAGCCAUGGAGACAUUAUGUCAAGCUUCAAAGGUCGAUCAUGAUCGCCCUAUUACAAAAUUUCGACUUAACUCCAUAGUCAAAUACAAUUGCUUCUCUCUUCCAGAACAAAACUUGGGCUUGAGGUUUCAAAAAGACGCCACAAAAAAGAUGAGCAUGGUUGUCUACGCCAGCAUACCUCCAGGAAAUUUACCCUCUGCUGAUUCUUUUCCUGGUAGCUGGAAAGCUUGGAUGAUUGGAACAGUAGUCGCUGCACUUCUUUCCUUCACGACGAACAAAUGGGGACCUUUGCUACUAUUGAAAGAGAAAAUUGAGACAACGAUAGAGCAAGCAGAACGUGUGGCAGAUAUAGUAGAAGAAGUGGCCGAGAGGGUUGAUAAAAUUGCGGAAGGGGCUGCCAAGAAUCUUCCCGAAGGAAAACUUCAGGAUGUUGCUGAAUUUGUUGAAAACGUAGCUGAAAAUGUAGACAAGCUCGCCGAAGAAGCAGGGGAUCUAUUGGAAAAGGUAGAAGACAAGCAAGAGGAAGUGGUUUCAUUCUUUGAAUCAACCGUUCGUCAACAAAAAAGUAAUGACGGGACUACGGCUACAGAUUCAAAAGAUAAAAAAUAGAGGAAAUCACGGUUUCAAAUCCAUGUAACAUUUUAGCACAUUACUCUUAUAAUGAGAUAAUCCCUUUGUAUAUUAUCUUUCUCUUAUAAUUGGGUUUUAUUUUAUGUCA